GGGGCCCUCGCCUCGGCGCAGAAGGCGCCCCCGGCCGCGCCCGCCGCCGCCGCCGCCACCCCGCGCCGGGUCGUGGUGCAGGCGUCCACCAGCGAGCUGCUGCGCUGCCUCGGCGAGUUCCUGUGCCGCCGCUGCUACCGCCUGAAGCACCUCUCGCCCACCGACCCCGUGCUCUGGCUGCGCUCCGUGGACCGCUCGCUGCUGCUGCAGGGCUGGCAGGACCAGGGCUUCAUCACGCCGGCCAACGUGGUCUUCCUCUACAUGCUGUGCCGGGACGUCAUCUCGGCCGAGGUGGCCAGCGACCACGAACUGCAGGCAGUGCUGCUCACCUGCCUGUACCUCUCCUACUCCUACAUGGGCAACGAGAUCUCCUACCCGCUGAAGCCCUUCCUGGUGGAGAGCUGUAAGGAGGCCUUCUGGGACCGCUGCCUCUCCAUCAUCGACCUCAUGAGCCCCAAGAUGCUGCAGGUCAACGCCGACCCGCACUACUUCACCCAGGUCUUCGCCGACCUCAAGAAGGAGAGCGGCUCCGAGGAGAAGGGCCGGCUGCUCAUCGGCCUGGACCGGUGA